AUCUGUUCCGAAGCUGUUAAAGACUCUCUCUUUCUCUCUCUCCAUUUGCGACGAAACCUGCAUUUCUAGUGCAGAACCCGGAUAGGUUUUUAGAGGGUUGAAUGAAUAACAAAACAAAAAUGGGUUGUUUCCUCUUCUCUGGCAAAUCAAACAAAGCUGUAAACAAGAAGCUCGAAGGGACGACACUAGAUGAUCAGAUCUCAUCUGUUUCAGAGAAAGUAAAGACAUAUUCAUCAGUUGAUGAAAAGAAAGAUUCUAUUGAAAAUGGAGGGCCUCGACAUAUCACUUCCCAUACAUAUACAUUCCGUGAAUUAGCAGCUGCGACCAAGAAUUUCAGGUCUGACUUUCUUCUGGGUGAAGGAGGAUUUGGUAGAGUAUAUAAAGGAAGAUUAGAAAGUAACAAUCAGGUGGUGGCUAUCAAGCAACUUGACCGCAAUGGACUACAAGGGAAUAGGGAGUUUCUAGUUGAAGUAUUAAUGUUAAGCCUUCUUCACCACUCCAAUUUAGUUAACCUGAUUGGAUAUUGUGCUGAUGGAGAUCAGAGACUUUUGGUUUAUGAAUUCAUGGCGUUAGGUUCUUUAGAAGACCAUAUACAUGACCUUCCUCCGGACAAGAAAAGACUGGACUGGAAUACGAGAAUGAAAAUAGCGGCUGGGGCUGCAAAGGGUUUGGAGUAUCUGCACGAUAAAGCAAACCCUCCUGUAAUAUAUCGCGAUUUAAAAUGUUCAAAUAUAUUACUUGAUGAAGAUUAUGAACCGAAACUAUCUGAUUUUGGCUUGGCUAAACUUGGACCUGUUGGGGAUGAUACCCACGUCUCCACAAGAGUGAUGGGAACAUACGGAUAUUGUGCCCCCGAAUAUGCAAUGACGGGUCAGCUUACACUUAAAUCAGACGUUUAUAGUUUUGGGGUCGUUCUUUUGGAGAUUAUCACUGGAAGGAAAGCAAUUGAUAAUUCCAGAGCUGGUGGGGAACAUAAUCUUGUUGCUUGGGCACGACCAUUGUUCAAGGAUAGAAGGAAAUUCUCGCAAAUGGCAGACCUAACACUUCAAGGGCAAUAUCCUGUGAGGGGUUUAUUCCAAGCUCUGGCUGUUGCUGCUAUGUGUGUUCAGGAGGAAGCCAACAUGCGACCCCUUAUAGCUGAUGUGGUAACUGCCCUUAACUAUCUCGCGAACCAGAAAUAUGACCCACAAAACCAGCCAGUUCAGAGCAGCAGCAGAUCAGGCUCGUCUACACCUAGAGCUAGACGAUAACAUCCAUCAAAGUUGCUCUGGCUGAAGAAGAAGACGAAGAGAUAUUGAUGAAAUGAUCAAAGUAUGAUCACUUAAUCAUUUUUUCUAUUUAUUUUUUGUUUAGAUUUUGGAUGAUGAUCACUUUGACAGGUUGGUUGGUUGGUUGGUUCCAUUUGUAGAGAUAAGAAGAGGUUUUCAUUUCAUUAACAUUUCAUGUUACUUUUGUUUUUUCUUUUUUCUUCCCCAUUUGUCUUCCUCUUUGCUUUCUCAUGUACAUCCUAGUCCUGGGUUACUGUAUUUAAUGGGGGAUAUUUUUAUAUCUAAAUUUUUUAAAUGAUUUGUUUCUUCAGGUA